GCACCUGCAAGCCCCGAACAUCUUGAUCAACCCAUCGAAAAUGAACCAAAGCGGCCUCUAGCUGUCGACCAGGCACUUUCUGAGAGCGCUAGCACUCAAAACGUUCAACCAACAAAGAAAUCGAGGAUGAAUUUUGUAAGUAUGGACACAAGAACGACAAUGAAUUGCGAUACACAGCUUUGAAAUGCUUUCUUCUUUCCACCAAAGAAUGUCAGAUCAAUUUUGGAAGAGUCGGAAAUUGGAGUACAAGUGAGUAGUGAACUGGAUACUGAUAUAUUAAGCAGAAAAAGCAGAAUCAAGAUGGUUCAGAUACUGGUUGCUUACAUAAUUAAUCGCUUUGGAGAGAGGUGUGUGAAAUUUGUCAUCAAAAUGUACUUUCUUUCAAAUAAUCUGUGUGUAAUUACAGGCACAUAACCAAUAUUGUCCAGCUUGAAAAAUAAAACUGGGAUAUCUCUUAAUAUAGACCCCAUGCAGACGUUAAAAUCCAGAUGGCAAAGUCAGUGGUAGAGGAGUUCCCUUUUCUUAAAGAUGAAGAGGGUCAAGGAUAUGUAAGUAUGUUGUUGUAAAUAUCUGGGGCCAGUUGUAUAAAGGUCGGAUAGCGCUAUCCACAGGAUAGUCAAAUUUUCAACCCGCAUAAAAGUGCUUUAAAAGCUAUAAAACUACUGAUAUAGAGCCCACAAAUGAUAAAAGAAACUCCAAUUUAUAAAUAUAUUAAGAUUUAAUCUGGGUUAUACAAGAAAACAGCCAGUUUUGGAAAGCUUCAAAAAAUCACUAUCCGCGGUGGAUAGCGCUAUCCGGGCUUGAUACAACUGGCCCCUGAAUGUGUAAUGUCGAAUCGAGAGUGUCUUAACGGAGUCCGUCUUGACGCCAUCAUCAGGUUAUAAAGUGGAACAUAAUAAUUAACUGUAUUUCUUUGAAUAUAGGAAGCGUGGUACACAUCAGGAAAGGGAAUUCAUUCUGCUACAGGAUGGUUGGAAGAACGACUCCGAAAUGUAAGGAGAAAGAGUGUUAAACACCGUCCAACUGAAAAAGAUCUGAAUACAGCUUCAACCUCAUUAACACACCUGACAACAUCUUUACCAGGUUGAUUUCGUUCAUUUAAAAUUAUCCUAUUUGGGGUUAAUUUCCAUGAUGGAUAUAUUAAAUUGUGUCUUCAUCUGUUUUCGAAUAGAUCCUGUUUUGAAUGAAUCAGACCAUAAUGGGAUGAAGGAGUGGAUGAAAGCAAACUUAGAACCUUUAUCAACUUUAAAGAACUAUAUGGAAAAACGGUUUUAAACCGAGCAGAAUGGAUAAGGAAAACCCCAGACCUUCCAAUGCGAGAAGUUAUGAAGGAAUACCCACGUCUUUUCGAUACCCCUGGCAUGGUACUGUAAAAUUUUGAAACAUUCCUGGAAUUAUGUAUAUACAUUAUUUAUACAAAUUCGUUUUUAUUACUAAUAUUUUAGGUGGAAAUAGACUUUAGAACACUAUACGCAGAUGUUGCAGAGAACCUCUUUCUGCGAUUGACACCACCAAUUGUGGAGAAGAUUAUUUCGUAUGCAGACACACAAGCAGAGAAGUGGACAAUGUACUUGCACAUGAUUCCAAGGAAUUUGAAAUCUGGUAAGAAAAGUAUAAUAACUAGCUAGUAUAGGAAAUGGUUUCGCAUCAAAGGUCUAAAUUCAGUUUUCAAAUUGAAAGCAGUGGUUCAAAAUAAACUUUAUAGAUGAAGAGAGAAAAAAUGCAGCAAUUGGUCUUCUUCCAUGCGUGUUCCCAACUGGAAGAAAGAAUAGAAAACGAUGUACAAUUGAUGAAGCUUUGAGUGCUUUUAUCGAUUGCCAACCGGUAUGCAUUAUCAUAUGUCAUUUAAAGUAUGAUAACUCGGAACAUUGCGUAUAAAGGUCUAAAAUAUUUCUCAUAUUUAGGUUGGUACAAACAUGCCAAAAUAUUUAGAAGAAGCUCCAAGAUGCCCGUUUGUUUUGGCAAUCGGUAAUCGCUACAACCCAACACAAGUUUUUGUUAUCAUCGAAGGCCAGGGCUUGGAGCAGCCUAAUCUUACGAAGGCAAUUGAUGUUUGUUUUAAAGUAUUUUACAUCCUGGAUAUUAAUUAUCCUUGGCAAUGCUCUUCGUCGUGGGAAUUCAUACAAAAAGUUCUCUAUGGCAUCGAAGAUAAGGUGAAAGGAAAGACAACCCCAGCUGUUGUUGCAAUGAGAGCAGCUUUAAAGUAA